CCCCCAGGGCCCCAGGUGGCAGGUGGGGCGGGCCCGGCGCGCUCCGGGGCGUCCGCUGCUCUGGCUCUCGCGCUCGCAGCCCACAGCCCGCAGCCUGCAGCCAGCAGCCCACAGCCCGCAGCCCGGUGUGGGAUCCAGAACCUUUGAGAGCUGUGGCCAUGAAGAGCCUCAAGUCCCGGCUGUGGAGGCAGGACGCGCCCGCCCCCACGUCGCCCUCAUCGCCCACCUCAGUGGCCAGCACGCACUCAACAGAGUGGAAUAAAUACGAUGACCGGCUGCUGAAGGCUGCUGAAAGGGGGGAUGUGGAGAAAGUAUCCUCCAUCCUUGCCAAAAAGGGCGUCCAUCCAGACAAGCUAGAUGUGGAAGGCAGAUCAGUCUUCCAUGUCGUGGCCUCUGAAGGGAAUCUGGAGUGUCUGAACGCCAUCCUUACACAUGGAGUUGAUAUUACCGUCAGGGACAGUGCAGGGAGGAAUGCGCUUCACCUGGCGGCUAAGUAUGGACACGCGCUGUGCCUGCAGAAACUUCUCCAGUACAACUGCCCCACUGAGCAUGCGGACUUUCAAGGACGAACUGCCCUUCACGAUGCAGCGAUGGCAGACUGUCCUUCUAGCAUCCAGCUGCUUUGUGACCACGGGGCCUCCGUGAAUGCCAAAGACAUAGACGGGCGGACGCCGCUGAUUUUGGCGACCCAGAUGUGCAGGCCGACUAUUUGUCAAUUGCUGAUAGACAGCGGGGCAGAUGUCAAUUCGAGAGACAAACAGAACAGGACAGCUCUCAUGCUGGGCUGUGAGUAUGGCUGCAGAGAUGCUAUAGAGGUCCUGGUUAAAAAUGGUGCUGACGUGACCUUGUUGGAUGCCCUUGGCCACGAUUGCUCUUACUACGCAAGAAUUGGUGACAAUCCAGAGGUCCUGAAUCUACUGAAGACGGUGGCAGAAAACACCAACAAAGGGCGAGAGCUUUGGAGGAAAGGACCGUCUGUGCAACAGCGGAAUUUGUCACACACUCAAGAUGAAGGAAACAUGAAGUCAAAUCAGAGGGACCACCACAACUUACAGGUUCUAGAGAUUGAAAAUGAAGAGUUGAGAGAGAAGUUGAGGAAAACUCAGCAAGAGCAAAGAAUACUCCUGGAUAAAGUCAAUGGCUUACAGUUACAACUGAAUGAGGAAGUAAUGGUUGCCGAUGACCUGGAAAGCGAGAGAGAGAAGCUGAAGUCCCUUUUGGCAGCUAAAGAAAAGCAGCAUGAGGAAAGCCUAAGAACCAUCGAGGCUCUGAAAAACAGAUUCAAAUAUUUCGAGUGUUCAUCUCCUGGCGUCCCCACCCAUAUGCAAAGCAGGUCUAUGUUAAGACCUCUGGAGCUGUCUUUUCACAGUCAGACCUCAUACCCUGAAAAUGAGAUUUUAAAGAAAGAGUUAGAAGCUAUGCGAACUUUCUGUGACUCGGCCAAACAAGAACAGCUGAAGCUCCAAAAUGAACUGGCUCACAAGGCAGCAGAGUGCAAAGCCUUCGCUCUGGAAUGUGACAGAGUCAAGGAGGAGUCGGACUAUCAGAUCAAGCAGCUGGAGGACGCCCUCAAGGAUGUGCAGAAGAGGAUGUACGAGUCUGAAGGGAAAGUCAAGCAAAUGCAGACCCACUUCCUUGCCCUGAAAGAGCACCUGACCAGUGAAGCAGCCACAGGGAGCCACCGCCUCACCGAGGAGCUGAAGGACAUGAAAGCCAAGUACGAAGGUGCUUCAGCAGAGGUGGGAAAGCUGAGAAACCAAGUCAAACAGAGCGAGAUGCUGGUGGAAGAGUUUAAGAGGGACGAAGGCAGGCUGAAGGAAGAGAACAGGAGGCUGCAGAAGGAAUGUAGCACGUGCAAAGUGGAGCGGGAGGGGAAGGAGCGAAGGGUGGUGGAGUUGGAGGGCCAGCUGAGAGAGCUGGCGGCAAAGCUGGCCCUUUGCAUCCCCAGAGAGACAUUUGAAGGCAUGAAGACCUCGUUAUCAGAUGAGGUCAACGAGAAAGCGAAAAGGCUGGGGGAGGUGGGGCGGGACUAUGAAAACUCUCUGGGGGAGAUCCGACAGCUGAAGAGGGAUCUGGAGAGCGCUCGGGCCAAGCUCGCCCAGCACGUCAAACCUGAGGAGCAUGAGCAGCUCAGGAGCAGGUUAGAGCAGAAGUCGGGCGAACUGGGGAAGAAGGUCACCGAGCUAACCCUCAAAAACCAGGCGCUGCAGAAGGAAGUGGAGAAUGCCCGCGCAGACACCAAGCGUCUCAGCCAGCAGGUGCACAGCCUCACAGUGGAGAUGAAAACACGCUACGUGCCUGUAAGGGUCAGCGAGGAGAUGAAGAAGUCGCAUGAUGUAACCGUGGAGGACCUGAAUAAGAAGCUUUCUGAAGUGACACAGAGAUACACGGAGAAGACGCUAGAAGCAGAGAGGCUGCUGACGGAGAAUGACAGGCUGACCAAGAGUGUCAGCCGCCUGGAAGCUGUGUUCGUAGCUCCCGAAAAACAUGAAGAGGAACUAAUGGGUCUGAAAUCCAAUAUUGCCGAACUAAAAAAGCAGCUGUCUGAACUUAAUAAAAAAUGUGGUGACGAUCAGGAGAAAAUGCGGGCACUUACCUCCGAAAACACCAGCUUGAAAAAGACUCUGAGUAGCCAGUAUGUGCCUGCCAAAACCCACGAGGAAGUGAAGGCCUCACUGAACAGCGCAUUGGAGAAAACUAACCGAGCCUUACUUGACACGAAGAAAAAGUUUGAUGACACGAGCCAGGAGUUUUCAAAAAUAAGAGAUGAGAAUGAGGUCCUGAGAAGGAAUCUGGAGAACGCUCAGAAUCAGAUGAAGGCUGACUACGUGAGCCUGGAAGAACACUCGAGAAAGGUGAGCGCGCUGAGUCAGAGCCUGAAGGAGGCACAGGAUGCCAACACGGCCGUCCUGGCCGACUACCGCCGAGGCCAAGAGGAGAUCGUCACGCUGCAUGCUGAAAUUAAGGCCCAGAAAAAGGAGCUCGACACCAUCCAAGAAUGCAUCAAGCUGAAAUACGCUCCCCUCGCCCGACUGGAAGAGUGCGAACGCAAGUUCAAGGCUACAGAGAAGGGACUGAGGGAGCAGCUGUCAGAGCAGACACACAAGUGUCGCUUGAGGGACGAAGAGGCCAAGAAGGGCAAACAGGAGAAUGAGAGUCUGAGGAAGGACCUCGCCGCCCUUCAGAGGGAGCUGCAGGAUAGGAGCGCUCUGGUGGAAGAGGCCCGGGAGACGCAGCGAGCCCUAAGCGGGAAGACAGAGGAACUCAGCAAGCAGCUGCAGGACCUGUCCCAGAAAUACAGCGCUGUGAAGAGCGAGAGAGAGAAGCUGGCAGAAGAGAAGGCCAGGCAGACUGCCGAGGUCCUCGCAGCCCAAAGCCUUCUGCAGAAACAGCCCGUCCCGUUGGAGCAGGUGGAGGCACUAAAGAAGUCUCUCAAUGACACAAUUGAGCACUUAGAGGAGGAGCUGAGAAGCAAGCAGAGGUCUCUGGAGAGCCAGCUGCAGACAGUGGGCACGCUCCAGCAGCGGCUGGAAAAGCAGAAGACGUCCUCCAUGCCCCUGGCAGACCACCUGAGGCUAAAGGAGGCCCUCGAGAGGGAGAUUGGAACCUUGAGAGCCAGCCUGAGAGAAAAGGAAGAGGAAAGCCAGGACAAAAGCAAGGAAGUCUCCAAACUCCAGACAGAGCUGCAGAACACCAAGCAGACGCUCAAGAAUUUGGAGACCCGAGAGGUCGUCAACAUGUCAAAAUAUAAAGACACAAAGAACGAUCUGGAGACCCAGAUUUCCAACUUAAACGACAAGCUGGCCAGUCUGAACAGGAAGUACAGCCAAGUGUGUGAGGAGAAGUCCUCUGCUAAGGAUGAGAAGGACUUGCUCCAUCUCAGCAUUGAGCAGGAGAUCAGGGAUCAGAAGGAGCGAUGUGACAAGUCCCUGACAACGGUCAUGGAGCUGCAGCAGAGGAUACAGGAGUCUGCCAAGCAGAUCGAAGCGAAGGACAGUAAGAUAAGUGAGCUUCUGAACAACGUAGAAAGGCUAAAGCAGGCGCUCAGCGGCCUUUCCCAGCUCCCCUACGUGAGCGGCAGCCCCAGCAAGCAGCGGAGCCAGCUGGUGGAUACUCUGCAACACCAAGUGAAAGAUCUGCAGCAGCAGCUGGCUGAUGCUGACAGACAACACCAGGAAGUCAUUGCUGUCUACCGGAGACACCUCCUCAGUGCCGCACAGGGUCACAUGGAUGAAGACGUGCAGACAAUCUUGAUGCAGAUCAUACAGAUGCGACAAGGCCUUCAGUGUUAGCAUCAGCUGACCCAGAGCCUGUCCUGCUGGUGCUAUGCAUUCUGGGUGCAACUCUGUGGCUCUUCUGGGCCUUACUCUGAUAAUAUAAAUAAAAUAAAAUAUAUUUUGUUCCAUUGUU